UCAUUCUCUGUGGUGCUCCACACAGGAAACACUCAGUGGCACUUGUCGGCGCUGAAGUAUUAAACAUGAUUCUGCUGAAACUUAUAUUCACUUUAACGUUUUACGAACUCAUUGUUGAUUUGGAUGCUCAGACUUGUCCAAAAGGUCAAAGAAUUAAAGUUUAUCAUGGAAGAAACGAAAGACAUGGCUGUGAAAUCUGUCCCGAUGAUAAUUAUCAGCCUGAAGAGAAUUAUUCCCAAUACUGCAAACCAUGUACAAGGUGCGAUGACAAAAAGGGAAGUGUUGUUAAAGAGGAGUGCACAAAAGUGACAAACAGAAAAUGCCAGUGCCGUGGAGAAUUUGUUCCCUUAGAGAGUGAUUUUUCCAGUUGCAAAUGCGACAUUGGAUUUGGACUAAACAAUAACGAAUGUUCAAAGUGUGAUGAUGGAUAUUUCAACACACAAAUCAACUCGCCCUGUAAAAAAUGGAGAGAAUGUAAAUCAGGAGUGAAAAUUCCUGGAACCAGAACCUCAAAUGUCAUCUGUAAUUCGGAGUUGAAACCUGAUGAUACUACACUCCCCGCAUCAAAGAAAUUUUUUUCUUUAAUCACACGGUCAACAUCCAAGAAUCCACUUGAGGGGGCCCACACACAGAGGAUGCACAGUACCAUCACCACCGCGGCUGCUUCAGCACACAUAAGACCCUCAAGGGACCCCCCUUCCGACACAGGCAACUACAUUGGUACAGGUAUGACCCUCCUCAUUUUUGGAAUUAUUGGACUGCUUGUUCUGACUGCUGUGACUUGCAAGCUGCACAUUACUCGUCAACCAGCAGUACUACCAAAAAACGACUCAUUGUGUCGGAGGCCAGUUGAGGAAAGCGGCGAUGGAAGUCUGUCUUCUCUCAAACUGUGUCCAGGGGAUCAAUGAGGUGAUGAAGCUGUCAACUAAGACUGUGAAUUUUUACAUUGUCAUAUGCGUAAUUUCUGACUGAUCACUUAUAUUUACUUAUAUUGCUGGUUUUUAAUGAACAAAAACAUCAGAAAAAACUAUUUACUGUAUCUGUAUUGUAGCAGGUGUAUUUACAGUCUGCAAUGUGGUUAAUAAUACAGUUUUUUGUUGUAAAGAAUAUUGGGCAAAUUAUGUAAAAGAUUUGUCUAAAUCAUACCUCACUUUUGGCCAUUUAACUGUAGACCAAUUUAAAGUUAAAUAGUAAAAGGUAGCAGUAAGGAUGUACAAAUAGAUGUUUUGCUUUCUUAAUAAGAUCAUUUUGCUUAACAAGUCCCUUUCUGUGUGACGUAAAUAUUUAAUACUAAUUUGGAUAUGGAAUAUUUUAUAAUAACCUCAGAGAUCAUGCCACUAAAUACGUUAGUAUUUUAUAUUACAGUUACAAUCCUUAAUACUCUUGUUGAACUGCACAUGUACAUAUGAUUUUGUUGUGUGUGUUUGAUGGUGUUAUAUGAUGUGAUUUGGUGACAAGUUUCUGAGAAAUAUACAGUAAAGGUAACAAUCAAUAUUGAACAAUGAACUGUUGGAGAACCUUAGAAAAACAUUUUACCUUCUUCUUGCAGUCUUACUGUCUAUUUUUGGUCAUGCUUUGUUUACUCAAAUCUGUUCCACUGGUAGCAGAUCUGUAAAGCUAAGAACAGUAAAAAAACAUGUUUUCAGUGGUGUGUGGGGUAGGGGGAUUUUCCCUUGUGGCGUUAAAUGUGCUUCUUUUCCCACUGAGAGAUACUUCCUCUCGUAUUUCGUCUCAGCAGUUGGAAAGAUUGAUGUUGUACAUUUCAUGUUCUUGACUUCACUGGAGACUUUCCCCAAAUCAGUACAGUCAAAGGAGUUAUGAAAGCAGGCCCUCAUUAUUUGUAUUCACUUAUGUUUUGCUAAGAUAUCAGAUUAAAAGUAGUGUAGUAGAAUAUGUUUGGAAAAAGCUGCAGUUUGGUUCCACCUCAUUAAUUCCUUUGACAGCGUCCUCUGUUGGAACACUUCAGGAAAAAAAUGAACUUCCUUUUUAGAAACAGUGCUAGAGGAAGUAUUCACUUAAGUACAAGUAUCAAUAAAGCUAUGUAAAAACUAAAGUCCUAAAAAUGCUACUUUAGUAAAAGUACUGAAGAAAAUAUGAAAGGUAAAAGUAGGCCUACUCUGCAGAAAAAUGGAUAGUAUUUCAUGACUUAGUUUGUUUUGAUUUUGAUUGUUAAUACUGCAGCAAUGUGAAGGCAUGAUUUUACUGUUGUUGCUGUUCACGGCGGAGCUUGUUAUAUUGUUUAUAUACAGUCAGCUAGUUUAGUCCAAGGGUUCCCAAUCUAAGGGCCGGGCCCCUCCAAAGGGUCACCAGAUAAAUCUUAAAGGUUGUGAGAUCAUUCUCUAAUCUUUGAUUGAUUUUUGGUGAAAUGUUGAUUUUGAACAGGUGUUUCAAUUAAAUCUGAGAAGUUUAGAGGGGAAAUGUCCCUUUGUUGGAAGUGCUAACAACAGCUUUCAUGUGAGAGGUCACAAAACAAAAAUGUUGAAAAACCUCUGGUUUAAGUUUAUUAUAUGUUUUUUUGUACACAAUCUUAAUCUGAUAAGUGACUUCAGUGUCUGUCAAACAAAAGUUGGAAAAAAGUACAAUGUUGCCAUGUGAAAUGUAGUGUAGAAGGAUAAAGUAUCAUAAAAUGGAAAAAUGUACCUCAGAAUUGUAGCUACUUAAGUAUAGUACUUGAGUACAUGUUCUUCUACUACUACUUCUUCACUGUUUAAACAACAAAGUAGUUGCUAUGUGACUCAGUAAAGCAUGUUUUUUGUUAAACAUUUUGUCUCUAAUAUUUGUUCUCCAUUUGCAGUGUGAUGUCCUGAGAGUGUGUGAAUAAAGAGUUGACUUUUGUAACUAAACUACCAAA